AUGUACCGACAAAUCCGGGUGCAUCCAGAGGACCGAAACUUACAGCGAAUUCUGUGGACAGAAAACGGACAGCCAUUAGAGUUCCGUUUGAACACUGUCACGUACGGACUUGCCUGCGCGCCAUACCUGGCGAUUCGCGUGCUGCGACAACUCGCUGACGACGACGGAAAGGAGCUCCCCUUGGCUGCGGAGGCACUGAGGCGAGACACCUACGUGGACGACAUCCUUUCUGGAGCCGCGACCUUGACGGAGGCAGGAAUGCUGACGGACCAGCUAGUGAGACUCUGCAUGGCGGGCGGAUUCCCGCUGAGAAAGUGGUCCGCCAACCACCCUGCCUUGCUUAAGGAUAUUCCGGCAGAACAUCAGAGCAGGAAGUCGUCAAACACUUUGCUGCCCCCUGAGGGUCAGAUGGUCUUGGGUCUACGUUGGGAAACAGAAAGCGAUUGCUUCGCAUUCACCGUGCACAAGUCGAUCGGAGAAUCACUCACUAAACGAUCACUACUUUCGAACGCGUCUCGCCUGUUCGACCCACUGGGCUGGUUGGCACCGGUUACGGUACUCGCAAAGCUGAUCAUCCAGUCAACAUGGAUGCAGCAACUCGGGUGGGAUGAUCCAUUGCGUGACGAGGAGGCUGCAGCGUGGACCUCGUUGAGGGAUCAGCUUCCCCUCAUAGAGGACGUUCGAGUUCCUCGAUGGAUGCACAUCGACUCGCCAGGAGUCAAAGUUGAGGUCCAUGGCUUCUCGGAUGCUUCGGAGCGAGCAUAUGGUGCAGCCGUGUAUCUUCGCGCACUCAGCGAUGAAGGCAUCACCAUCUCCUUGGUGAUGGCAAGGACCAAGGUCGCGCCGUUGAAGCGAGUGUCAUUGCCGCGGCUAGAGCUGUGCGCAGCCUCCCUUCUCUCCAAGCUUGCUACGCACGUAGCUUCCACGCUCGGCUUAUCAGGUAUCGAGACGCAUCUGUGGACGGACUCCACCGUGGUCUUGGCCUGGAUCCGUGGACAUCCUGCGAAAUGGACAACCUAUGUGGCCAACCAAGUAGCGGAAAUUCAGAGAACAAUGUCAAAUGUCACUUGGCAUCACGUACCUGGACGAGAAAAUCCUGCUGACUGUGCUUCCAGGGGGCUGUCACCACGUGAGCUGCUCUCUCACUCAUUGUGGUGGCGCGGUCCAGACUUCCUACGCAGAGAACCAUCUGGAUGGCCAAUGGACGCUGGCUCUUCAUCAUUGCAGAGCUUGCCAGAGCAACGGACCAAACCUUGUCUCGUCGUGACAAAGUUGCAAGAACCGGAGGAGCUAACCCGGUUCUCUUCAUGGCAGCGAUUGAUCCACGUCACCGCCUGGAUUCUCCGCUGGCGACGGCAAGUUUCGUGCACCUCAGGACCACCAAAACAGGCUCCCAUCCUCGUCUUGACUCCGGCCGAGCUGGAACGGUCGACGCAGCUGUGGAUUCGGGUGGUGCAGUCAAUUGCAUGGCGUUCUGAGCUGGAUUCCAUCGUCGCAGAGAGGGAAUUACCCCCUCGCAGCUCACUUCACAAACUCUCGCCAAGGAUCGAUGACCAUGGGGUACUGCGUGUAGGCGGCCGUCUAAAACAUGCAGUGCUGAGUGAGGAUCAACGUCAUCCGGUGAUCCUGCCUCCAGGAUCUCACUUCACUUACCUGGUCGUUGAUGCCUUCCAUCGACGCAUUCUCCAUGGGGGCACUCAGGCUACCUUGACGGCCAUCAGAAGACGCUUCUGGAUUCCUCGCGGGCGACAGCUGGUGAAGCGUCACAUCCAUCGAUGUGUGCAAUGCAUAAGAUGGCGGGCGGCUUCUCCGCAGCCGAUGAUGGGCAAUCUUCCGAGAUCAAGAGUGACGCCCAGUCGGCCAUUCUCACACACCGGCGUGGAUUUCGCAGGACCAAUCCUUCUGAGGACAUCUAAAGGCCGAGGUCACAAGGCCUACAAAGGAUUCUUGGCCGUUUUCGUUUGUUUUAGCUCCAGGGCCGUACAUUUGGAAGUGGUGAGUGACUACACCACUGAAGCUUUUCUUGCAGCCUUCCGACGCUUCACUGCUCGACGCGGCCUAUGCCAGGUGGUCUAUAGCGACUGUGGAACCAACUUCGUAGGAGCAGACGCUCAGCUGCGCGCCUUGUUCGACGCGUCCAGUCAAACUGCUCACCAGAUCAUCGGAAAGUUGUCCACGGAGGGGAUCCGGUGGCACUUUAACCCGCCAGCCGCUCCGCAUUUCGGUGGUCUGUGGGAAGCAGCGGUAAAGUCAGUAAAGCAUCACCUCAGACGAGUCAUCGGCGAGAUCACACUCACCUACGAGGAGAUGGCCACAUUCUUGGCGGAGGUGGAAGCCUGCUUGAACUCGCGUCCACUUCAAGCUUUGACAGAUGAUCCGGACGACCUUGACGCGUUAACUCCUGGGCACUUCCUGAUUGGAGCUCCUCUCAUUGCCAUCCCGGAACCAUCGUUACUGGACACAUCGUCCAAUGCGCUGAGUCGCUGGCGCCUCCUGCAAAGUAUGCGAGAUCAUUUUUGGCAUCGAUGGUCUCAGGAGUACUUGCAGGGACUGACCCCACGACCUAAAUGGUGGAGGGUCGCAGGAAACUUACAAGAGGGUCAACUGUGCCUUCUGAAGAACGAAAAUACGCCUCCAUCUCGAUGGCCGCUGGCCCGGAUUACACGCCUGCAUCCAGGAGACGACGGCCAGGUACGCGAGGUGGACGUGCGGACUCCAACCAGUAGGCUGACACGACCUGUCGUGAAGAUCGUCCCCUUGCCACUGGCUAGGGAGGACCAGGCCACUUCACAAGGUUAA